UGUCCGGGGGCCGCAGCCGCCUGCACCUCAUCGACCUGGGCAGCUGUGUGAAGGCGCUCAGCAAGAACCGCGACGGCGGCGCGGGGCUGUGCCUGUCCCUGUCCGCGCUGGGCAACGUCAUCCUGGCCUUGGUCAACGGCAGCAAGCACGUCCCCUACAAGGACAGCAAGCUCACCAUGCUGCUGCGCGAGUCCCUGGGGAACGUCAACUGCCGCACCACCAUGAUCGCGCACAUCUCGGCCGCCGCCGGCAGCUACGCCGAGACCCUGUCCACCAUCCAGAUCGCCUCCCGAGUCCUGAGGAUGAAGAAGAAGAAAACAAAGUACACGUCGAGCUCGUCGGGGGGAGAGAGCUCCUGUGAGGAAGGCAGGAUGCGCAGGCCCACGCAGCUGCGGCCCUUCCAGGCCAGGGCCGCCGUGGACCCCGACUUCCCCGUCCCGCAGCUGUCCAGCGACCCCGACUACUCGUCCAGCAGCGAGCAGUCCUGCGACACGGUCAUCUACAUCGGGCCCAGCGGCACGGCGCUCUCCGACAAGGAGCUCACGGACAACGAGGGCCCCCCCGACUUCGUGCCCAUCGUGCCGGCCCUGCAGAAGCCCAGGGGUGACAGCCGGCCCCCCGAGGCCGGGGCGGCCGCCGCCCGCAAGCCCGAGAGGGACUGCCUCAAGUGCAACACGUUCGCGGAGCUGCAGGAGCGGCUGGACUGCAUCGAUGGCCGCGAGGAGCCCGGCCUUUUCCCGUUCCCGGAGCUGCCUGCACAGGGCGGGGCGGAGCAGGCGGACAAGGGCCCCCCGCUGAGCCCCGCUGCCCGGGCCAGCCUGCUCUGUGAGUCUGACAAGGAAGACGCGGGGUCAGACGGCCAGCUGACAGACAGAGGAGGCGCCGACGCCCCGGCCUCCGGGAUGCCCAGGGGUCACUCUCCUGUCCCGGCCGCCACCCCUGCCUCACCCCGGAGCGUCCCCGGCGGCACCAGCCAGCAGGGCGCCUCCCAGCUCGUGCGCAGCCCCAGCCUGCAGAGCAGCCGAGAAAGCCUGACCUCCUGCGGGUUCGUGGAGGGCAAGCCCCGGCCCCUGGGCUCCCCGCGGCUGGGCGUCGCCAGCCUGUCCAAGACGGCCGAGUACCGGCCGGCCAGCUCGCCCUCGCAGCGGUGCAAAGUCCACACCCAGAAGGGCGUCCUGCCCGGCCCCGCGCCCCCGUCCCCCCUGAGCACGGACUCGGGCGUGGUGUCCGGGGAGGCCCCGCCGCCCGAGGGGCGCACCCCCCCGGUGGGCAUGAGCCCCCAGGUCCUGAAGAAGUCCCUGUCUGCCGGGAGCCAGGGGCCCCCCCUCAGCCCCUCCGAUGACACGCGCCAGGCGGCGUCUCCGGGCUCCAAGGGGGUCGUGAGCACCACGACCGUGACGGUGCAGCAGCCGCUGGAGCUGAACGGCGAGGACGAGCUGGUGUUCACGCUGGUGGAGGAGCUGACCAUCAGCGGGGCCCUGGGCGGCCGCCCCGCCAGCAUCAUCAGCUUCAACAGCGACUGCUCGGUGCAGGCGCUGGCCUCGGGCUCGCGGCCCGUCAGCAUCAUCGGCAGCGUCAGCGAGGACCUGGAGCGCGGCCCAGGCGCGGCCCCCGUCUCCGAGGUCAGCAUCACGCAGUUCCUGCCCCUCCCGACGCUGGGCCUGGAGGAGAAGGGCCGGGAGGCGGGCAGCCGGCGGUCCUCCAUCAGCUCCUGGCUGAGCGAGACCAGCGCGGGCAGCGACGGCGAGCAGUCCUGCCACAGCUUCAUCGCCCAGACCUGCUUCGGGCACGGGGAGGCGCUGGCGGACCCUCCGGCCUCGGAGCUCGUGGGCAGCAUCCAGAAGGCCGCCGUGUGCCCAGAGAAGCCCGGGGCGGGCCCCGACAGCGUGCUCAUCCUGUCUGAGCUGGGGGAGGACUCUCUCCCCAAAGCCACCGCCCCCCAAGGCUGCAAGGUCUCCGCCCUGGGCAAGGCCAUGGUCACCAUCUCCAACACGGCACACCUGGGCGGCGGUGGAGGGUGCGUCCCCGUGAAGACCAACAUCACCGUCUACCCCUGCAUCACCCUGAGCCCCCGGCGCGGCCCGGAGCCUGAGGAGAUCAGCGCCACUGUCCCCAAAGCAGCCCCGCCCCAGGAGAGCAAGGAGGCCAGCGCCAGGAAGGAGAUGAAGUUCGAGGACCCGUGGCUGAGACGAGAGGUGGAGGCCAAGAAAGAGACUGCGCCUCCCAGGGAGGACGGAGUGAGGUCCGAGGCGGCCACGGGCCCCACACAGCCCGAGGCGGGAGCCGAGCGGGACCAGCCCAGGCAGACCAGUCCCGGCCACAGGCUGAGCGGCGAGGUGGCCGCCUCCCCCGGGACCGACAGCGUCAGGAGGGUGGUGGACGGCUGUGAGACGGCCCAGCCCAGCGGGGCUGCCCAGAGCCCCGUGCCCCCCAGCAGGAGCCUGCAGUCCGGCAGCCUGCCCCGGGCUUUCCAGAAAGGCGGCCAGCAGGAGCUCGACGGCCUCUGUUACCACUGCGCCCCCGAGACCAACGGCGUCGCUCUGGGCGGCCAGGCCUCCCGGGCGACCCUGGAGAGGAAGGUGGCGUCGCCCAAGCACAGCGUCCUGGCUCGGCCCAAAGGCACCCCACCGCUGCCCCCCGUCCGCAAGUCCAGCUUGGACCAGAAGAACCGGGCCAGCCCCCAGCACAGCGCCGGCAGCAGCGGCACCAGCAGCCCCUCGAACCAGCCCCCGCCCUUCCUGGCCAGCUUCGCCGACGAGCCGGGCGGCAGGACGAACACCAGCAGCAGCAGCAAGCUCUUCAGCGCCAAGCUCGAGCAGCUGGCCAGCAGGACCAACUCUCUGGGCCGGGCGACCGCCAGCCACUACGAAUGCCUCUCGCUGGAGCGGGCCGAGAGCCUGGCCUCCAUGAGCGCGCGGCUGCAGGCGGGCAAGGACAGCACCAUGCCCCGCGCGGGCCGGAGCCUGGGCCGCAGCGCCGGGGCCUCGCCCACCCACCCCGGCCCCCCGCCCUCGGCCGGGGCCUCGCCCAAGGCCAGCCAGUCCAAGAUCUCGGCCGUGAGCAAGCUGCUGCUGGCCAGCCCCAAAGCGCGCAGCCUGUCCACGCCCCCCACCAAGACGCUCAGCUUCUCCACUAAGUCCCUGCCGCAGUCCGUGGGCCAGAGCUGCGCCCCGGCCGCCGGCGGGAGGCACAUGUCCUGGUCCACGCAGUCCCUGAGCCGCAGCCGGGGCGCGGGCCUGGCCGCCAAGCUGCCGCUGCGGGCUGUGAACGGGCGCAUCUCGGAGCUGCUCCAGGGCGGCGCGGGGCCCAGGGCCGUGCCAUCGCGAGCGGGGCCCGAGGAGGAGCGCGCCGGGGUCCCCGAGGACAAGCUGGCGGCCGUGCCCCUGCUGCCCUCGCCCUACAGCAAGGUGACGCCGCCCCGGAAGCCGCACCGCUGCAGCAGCGGCCACGGCAGCGACAACAGCAGCGUGCUGAGCGGGGAGCUGCCGCCCGCCAUGGGCAAGACGGCGCUGUUCUACCACAGCGGGGGCAGCAGCGGCUACGAGAGCAUGAUGCGCGACAGCGAGGCCACGGGCAGCGCGUCCUCCGCCCAGGACUCCAUGAGCGAGAACAGCAGCUCCGUGGGUGGGCGGUGCCGGAGCCUCAAGACCCCAAAGAAACGCUCCAAUUCAGGUUCCCAGAGACGGAGGCUCAUCCCCGCGCUGUCCCUGGACACGCCCUCGCCCGCGAGGAAGCCGGCCCCGGGCGCGGGGCUCCGCUGGGUGGACGGGCCCCUGCGCAGCGCCCAGAGGGGCCUCGGGGAGCCUUUCGAGAUUAAAGUCUACGAGAUCGACGACGUGGAGCGGCUGCAGCGGCGGCGGGGGGGCAGCGGCAAGGAGGGUGUGGGCUUCAACGUCAAGCUGAGGACCCUGGAGCGCCGCCAGCAGAGGAUCGCCGAGGUCCGGGCCAAGUACGAGUGGCUGAUGCAGGAGCUGGAGGCGACCAAGCAGCACCUGAUGCUGGACCCCGACCAGUGGCUCAGCGAGUUUGACCUGGAGCAGGUGUGGGAGCUGGAUUCCCUGGAGUACCUGGAGGCGCUCGAGUGCGUGACGGAGCGCCUGGAGAGCCGCGUCAACUUCUGCAAGGCCCACCUCAUGAUGAUCACCUGCUUCGACAUCACCUCCCGGCGCCGGUGAAGCCAACACUGCCCCCUGACCCCGACCCCCGGGACCUGCAGCCAGGCCCCCACUCCAGGCUCCCGGGACCCGCAGCCAGGCCCACACUCCAGGCCCCGGGGACCCACAGCCAGGCCCCCACUCCAGGCCCCUGGGACCCGCAGCCAGGCCCCCACUCCAGGCUCCUGGGACCCUCAGCCAGGCCCCCACUCCAGCAUCCCAGGACCUGCAGCCAAGCCCACACUCCAGCAUCCCAGGACCCUCAGCCAGGCCCAAGCUCCAGGCCCCAGGCCCACGCUUCAGGCUCCUGGGACCCGCAGCCAGGCCCAUGCUCGAGGCCCCGUGCAGGCGGCGCUGAGCCCACGGAAGGAGGAUGAAGGUUGGUGGCAAGUCUGCGGUGGCGUUGAGCAGUGCUGUUUCUGUAGGAGCGGUGCCAACACCGGACACGCGUAGGAGGAGAGAACGAUGGGAGGCCAAGGGAAGUGGAAGCCCCGUGAGACUGAAAAAGCACUUUGAGGAACUUUCUAGAAUGUGUUUGUCCAUAAGGACCGCUGGCAAAAGAGACCUCCCUCGGGCCCUGGUCUGGUGAGGAAGGGCAGGUGGACGUGGGUUGCUGUUGGAAGCCGAGACAACGCCGGAUCGUCACCCAGACGACUGAUUAAGUGCCUUGCAAAUCUCACUGUUACCCAAACACUUACGUCCCCUUCGUUGUGCGCAGAUGGUGCUAGUCAAGACGCAAACAACAAAACAGCGCAAAGGGAGCCAUCGGGACUGUCCCCGCUCGCUGCUCCGGGUGCUGCGCCCGUUCCCGACCUGUGUUUCUGAGUCGUUGUGUGUAGAGCUGUUUCCUAGUCGGUGUUGCGUAUGAAUAAAUGUUACCCGUCUCUCA